AUUUUUUAUCAUGGAAACGUCAGCUAAUUCACAAAUACCACAAUAUGCUCCUCACUAUUUAACCAAAACACAAGGCAUUAAUCUUGAUGAAGUAUUUAAAAAAAAAAAAAAAUGAAUUAGUUUCAAGAAGAAUAUGAUUAUUAAAUUCUCAAACUAUAGGAGGUCAAAUUAUUUACAAACAAUAAAGAAAGAGACAAAUAUGAUAAUAUGGCCGAUUUAUAUUCACUUAUUGUUUUAAUGGAGCACUUGGAAAAGGCAUUUAUUCGGGAUUCUAUUACAGCAAACGAGUAUACACCACAAUGUGUGAAUUUAAUAGCAAAAUAUAAAACCACAAUGAACUUCCUAUCUGAUUCCGUUGAUAAUCUCGAAACAUUUAUGAAUGAAUACAAGCUAUCAUGCCCCGCAGCAUUAAAUCGAUUUAAAAUAGGUGAGCCUGCAACUUAUGAGCACCCUAUAGGUGAUAAUAAAAAUGAUGUUGGUAAAUCUGCAAAAUAUAUUGCAGAAACAGUUUUGCAUUUUAUUACCUUGAUGGACACACUUCGAUUAAAUCGUUAUGCAGUGGAUGAACUUCAUCCUAUUUUAGCAGAUUUAAUUCAGUCACUGAAUAAAGUUCCUGGUUUACCAGCAGACUUUGAAGGAAAACAAAAAGUGCGACAGUGGUUGAUUACUCUAAAUUCAAUGAAAGCUAGUGAUGAAAUUACGGAAGAACAAGCUAGGCAAAUGCUCUUUGAGAUGGAUCAAUCUCAUUCUGAAUUUCAUAGAUUACUUAGUGGUGAUCACAAGGAUACCUCAACAUAAAAGAAAUCAUAUAAAUAAAAAGGUAGUUUACACUUUUAAAGAAA